GUUCCCCCGCUGUGGGUACCUCCAUGUUACCUUUUCUUACACGAGGAUUUAUUGAAUUGGUCUGCUGAUAGAGCAUUAAACAGAAGGACGUGGUCUCAGGAUGGCCAUGGAAGUAGGGGCUGGAGGGGAAAACAGCACCCGGAAAAAGAUGGAAGCGUUAAGCGAAGCAGUGGAGAUAACCCCGCUGGAAAUGUAUGAUUCAGCCCGGGCAAAAAUCGCUGCCAACCUACGAUGGCUAUUCGCUAAAGCCUACGGAAUCGAUCACAUCCCAGAAGACAUGCGGGAUCCCUUCUACACAGACCAGUAUGAGCAGGAGCACAUUAAGCCUCCUGUGAUCAGGCUGUUACUCUCCCCUGAGCUUUACUGCCGUGUGUGCGGCCUCAUUCUCAAAGGGGACCAGGCAGCCUCACUUCAGUCUUACCAGUCAGUCAUCCAGACUCUGUCUCGGAAGGGCAUUUAUGUCAUGGAAGGUGAUGACACCCCCGUCACUGAGGCAGACCUCACCUGCCAGCCCAUUAAGAUGAGCUCUCACAUGCCACUAAUCGAUGCCCUGAUGAUGGCCUACACCGUGGAGAUGAUCAGCAUUGAAAAGGUGGUGACUUGUGUCAAACGAUUCUCCACCUUCAGCGCUUCUAAAGAGCUCCCGUUUGACCUGGAGGAUGCCAUGAUCUUCUGGAUUAACAAGGUAAACUUAAAAAUGAGAGAAAUUACUGAAAAGGAAUGCAAAGUGAAGCAGCACCUGCUGGAUUCUCCCGGCCAUCCGAAGGUGCGGUACAGACGGGAACAUGCCUCAGGCCGUAAUUUUCCUCACUUCCCUCAGCUGGAAGAUCUGAUGAGAGAUGUGUCUGAUGGUGCCGCCCUGAUGACUGUGGUACACUACUACUGCCCAGACCCGAUGAAGCUUGAUGAUAUCUGCCUGAAGGAAGUCCCUUCGAUAGCAGACAGCCUGUACAAUAUCCAACUGCUAAAGGAGUUUGCCAACAAGUACCUUAAUAAAAGUUUUUAUUUAACACUAGAAGACUUGCUGUAUUCACCACUUGUGCUCAAGCACAAUGUUAUGGUGUUCAUCGCUGAACUCUUUUGGUGGUUUGAGAUUGUGAAACCUGAGUUUGUCCAGCCAAGAGAUGUACAGGAAUUCAAGGACGCAAGAGCAAUGACUCAGUCCAGGAGUUCCCGGCCCACUGUGCCCAUUUCCAAUGCUACCAAACGGAGCUUUCUGGCCUCACCUAGCAAUGCUGAUCCACCUCAGCCUGUCCCAAGCAGCCCGGACGUGUGUAACAGGUACUUCCUGCACCCUGAGGAGUCUGAUCCUUCUACCAGGGGAAACUCCAGCUUUAGUCCCUCUCAUCCACUUCUUCCACUGAGACAGAGGCAGCAGAAAACUCAGCAAGGAGAAGAUGCUUCAGGCAUUCGAAUUCGUUCUAAUUCUCUGACACAAGACGGCCAUUCUCGAGCGUCUGUGGCUUGGUCAGAGAAAAGGCAGAGGCCACUGUCACUGCUGAAUCGCUACGUUCUACACUGCGCCACGGACAGUGAUGCAGACUUGGCGUCAGGUGACGGUGCUAGCCUCACAUGCUCCAUCAGUGAGGACAGCCUGGCGUCUACUGUCACACCCAAACACCAGACCCAUCCAAGUCAGGUUGUCCCCCAGCGAGUCAACGGUCACGCUCUGCUCGGAAAUGUGAACAUGGACGAAGAAGAGGAGAUUGUUACAGUAAUCCAGGAAGAGACGUCUAGGAAUGAUGUUACUCUGUCAAACAGUGGCGAUGCAGAACCCAAGUGUGCCACUCCUAAGACAAACACUUGGGGCAGACAGGAGGAAAGCCCUGCAAAUUCCAGAACUCCCAGUUUCCUCCUGGAACCUUUAAUGCCUGCUGUGCUUAAACCAGCAAAAGAAAAAUCUAUAUGUUUAAACAAGGAAGAAGAGUCUGGAGAGGGGCGGCUGCGUGGGUCAGUGCGGAGGGUCGGUACUGGAGAUUCCAGUUCUUCAACUAAGCGAAGACCUCCACAUAGCCUUAACCGGACCUUUAAUGCGAGUUCCAGCUCUGAUCUUGAAACAGCUGAACACAAAUCCAGCGAGUCGGUGGCGUCUCUUUCUGGACAGUCACCUGCCUUCAGACCUUCAGUGUCAAGCAGCAUUGAGCCCUCUGCUGAACAGUCUUCUAGUUUCUUCCUGCAUUCAUCUGUGGUGGAUGACAAGAGGCCUAUCCAAGCUUGGGGUGUACAGCCUGACACCAAUACAGAGACUGUGGAAACGAUUGAGGAACAAGAUGCAGAACUAACUAAGGAGCUGCAUCCGCCUAAGAAACAGUUUUACGAAGACGAUCAGGAGUCAGCCAAGCUUCAGGAGGACAUGAGCGUGAAGGAGCACGAGGAUAAGGACGAAAGCAGUAGGUGCUCCAGCCCUGCGCUCAGCGUGCAGUCGCAGGUCAGCAGCACGGCCAGCGGCGGCGUUCGAAUGACCAGCUUUGCAGAGAGGAAGAUGCAGAAAUUCGGCAGCAACCAAGACAUUCGAUCCAGCGCAAGCAGCUCACAGAGGACCACACCAGAUGGGUCAGAAAGCUUCUCUUUCCCCCCUCCCUCCUGGAGGAUGAAGAGGGACCAGAGUCCCACACAGAGCAAAGACUCCACCAACAUUUUGGCUUCAGAGAUUGUGCAGCUGCACAUGCAGCUUGAAGAAAAACGACGUGCCAUUGAGACCCAAAAGAAGAAAAUGGAAGUCUUGUGUGCGAGAAAAAGGCUCAAGUUGGGAAAGGCGGCCUUUUUGCACAUAGUAAAAAAAGGAAAAAGCGACACCCUUCCCCAGUCUUUUAAGCUGGACCAUUUGAAAGAUGGCCAAAAGUGUAAUGGUGAAAAAGAAGCAUCUAAAGAUGACUCCUGUCUUGAUGCAGUGAGGGAUAAGGAGAAAGGUGCUACAGAGCCUGAAAAGGAAUCCGUUGACUGGGAAAGUGCAGCUGCUUUGCCACCUACUGCCUUAAAUGUAGAUGAGGAAAUAGACCUUAACGAGUGUAAUCGCUCAAUAGAAAUACUUAACGAGGCAAUCAGCAGCAUUCAACAGCAGAUGAUGCAGUUGUCUUUUCAGCAGGACCUACUUAUGAAGCAAAACAUCCCAUCGCCAACUGGUGCCACCCAACAAGUCGGUGGCAAAGGCAACGUAUCUGAAUCAAAGGUCCGCGCCCCGGUCCAUUUUGUAGAGCCGAGCGGCAGCCCCGUCGUACGUAAGCCCCCUAAGCUGACCUCGGCCAGAUCCUGCUCCAAACCCUCUGAGCUUAAGCUGUCCAAGGAGCACACCAAAGGACAGAAAACAUCCACACCCACUCCUAUCGACAGUCCCAAUGCUCGAGCCAGUCCAGGGGGCAGGACCCCCAAAGCAGAGCCUGAGACAAUCAGCCAAGAUCAGGGCACCUUCAAGAAUCACACGUUCCAUCUCCAUGACGAAUCCAACAUGCGUGCGGUCUCACGGGAGCCGAGCUCAGUCCCCCUUGGCAUCACUUUCGAUGAAGAUGUGUCUGGUACUUUAAAAGAACAUGAUGAAACAUCAGACAACAGUCUUGAAUCUGUGCUUUUACCUGAGGACAGCACAAAAACCAAGGCUAGUCUAAUUGAAGUGGACUUGUCAGACCUAGCAGGCCAGUCAGAUGAUGGAAGUUCUAAUACACUAGAAAUUCACUCAGAUGAAGUAGAUGCAGAGAAGAAAUCUGGCAUGGGCUUCUUCUUCAAGGAUGAGCAGAAGGCAGAGGAUGAAAUGGCCAAAAAGCGUGCAGCGUUUCUCCUGAAACAACAGAAAAAAGCAGAGGAAGCUCGGCAACGCAAGCAGCAACUGGAGGCAGAGAGUGAGCUUAAGAGGGACGAAGCCAGGCGGAAAGCUGAAGAAGACCGUCUCAGAAAAGAGGAAGAGAGAGUUAGAAGAGAACUGAUAAAGCAGGAGUACCUGAAAAGGAAACAGCUAGAGUUGACUGAAGAGCAGGAACAGCCCAAGCCCAAGCCUAAACCAAAACCAAAACCCAAACCCAAGCCCAAGAAACAGAGACCAAAGUCUGUACUAAAGGAAGAGCUUUCAGUUAAUACACUUCCAAAAUUCCCACCUGUCAAUGAAAACCUUGUCAGUGCCCUGUCUGGAUCUAAUCUCUCGCUGGCCUCUGUAGCUACCACUGAACCAGACAGUGUAAAUUCAGGCGGUGCAGGAUCUCAGCGGGGUGAAUCAGUGGAGUCGUUUUCUGGUCUCAGUCGGACCACUGAGCAGGACUGGGACAAUGGUUCCACUGCGUCUUCCAUUACAUCGGCAUCUAUGGCGGAAUAUACCGGGCCUAAACUGUUCAAGGAACCAAGUGCUAAGUCUAACAAGCCGAUAAUCCAUAAUGCCAUUUCUCACUGUUGCCUGGCAGGAAAAGUAAAUGAACCACAGAAGAACUCCAUUCUUGAGGAUAUUGAGAAGUGUGAAUCAAACCACUUAAUGAUUCUGUUCCGUGAUGGUGGCUGCCAGUUCCGAGCGCUCUACUCAUACUUUCCUGACACUGAGGAGAUCCACAAGCUUACAGGCACCGGACCCAAGAGCAUCACCAAGAAGAUGAUCGAUAAACUUUAUAAGUACAGCUCGGACCGCAAGCAGUUCACCGUCAUCCCUGCAAAGACUGUUUCUGUCAGCGUUGACGCCUUGACCAUUCAUAAUCAUCUCUGGCAGGCCAAGAGACCCGUUGUGCCAAAAAAGAGUGGGAAGUAAUGCAGGGCAACGGUAGGAAAGGGGUGCUUAAAUGCAGAAAGACUGCAAAAAUGUCACAAUCAAAGUUCUCAUCCUCUGGUGUUUGCAGAGAGAGAGUAGCUGUGUGUGAAUGAAUGUUUGGACACAUUUGCAUCUAAAAUGUUUGGGUUUAUUAGUACACUUACAGCCUGUGGCAUUUUUUUAUUGAUUAAGUUCUUGUUACUUGAAUAUUUUUCAGUUGGCAGGCUCACUUAGAGCAGAAUUUCCUUCUGAUUAGUCUCUUUACUGUAAAAUACAGACUCUAAAAACACUUGCAUCUUAAUAUGGUCUGUUGCAUCUAAAACCAGAACCCAAACGUUCGUAGAAAAGUAUUUGAAGAAUUGCCUAAUCUCUUCUCCCUUAAAAACAUGCUGCUCUGAACUUCUCAUUUGUGUUAUUGGGACAAUUCCUGUCCUACAUGUCGUUGGCCUUCAUGCAUCGUGGUACUUUUGUCUAUUUAUUCAGCACUUAAAAGCAAACCAGCUUUAGCACUGCUGUAGGAAAUAUGAUGGACCUUUUCCAGAUGGAGCAAAAUAGGCCAUGGUACAUAUCUCGGAUGCUUUUUUGUUUUGCUACUAUUCUAAUGUUAGAGGUAGUGAUUUAUCCACUGAACAGCUACGUCCUUUAAAACGGUGCACUCAUGAUCAUGUUUUUGUGCUUUUAUAACCAUGCAAUGUAACCAUGAGUGAUGUUGGUUCUGCAGCUUUGUUUUUCAUGCAUAAGAGCAGCAUGCUCUAUUCUGAAGAGUGUCGCUGUUGUCUGAAUGACAGUAUUUAAUAUAUUCAUAAUCGGUUACUUGCUAUGCAGUCGGUCUAAUUAUUUACCUGUGUGUAAAACAUUCCUUGGAGACAGAAAAGAGUGUCAACACUGCCAUGGUUUUUUUUAUUGUUCAAGAAAACACUUAUUGAAGCUUCAAGUUUGGUGUCUGAUCAAAGUAGUGUUGCACGUGCACUUUACGUCCUCUAAAAAGGCGAUUCGUUAGGGAUCGAUGUUGGCAAUAGACUGUUGUGCUCAAAGGCAUUGCUGUUAAGUUUGUGCUUAAGAUUAAAAUUAGUUUAUCAUGCUUUACACAGACACUAAGAUUUAACACUGAUGAGCAAAGUAACGGCUCCUUGAAAGGCUCUUAAAAGUACUGCUUUGCAAAAAGUAGGCCUUAGAUGUUGCAUUGUUUACUUUUAAAUUUAUAUAUAUAUAAAUGAAAACACUGUACUUUUCUUUUUUACUCAUUUUACUCAACCUUACCAUUUAUUUAUUUUAAACAGAGGCACUGAAAAUUCUAUAAAUAUUUCAAUAAACUCAUUUUCAUCA